UGCCGGAUACCGUGCAGCUGUCGUCCCCGAGCAUCCUGCUGCACGCGGCGGCAUGGAGCGCUCCUGAUCCCGGCGGGAAGCCUGGAAGAGCUCAGCCUUUCUUCCAUCGUCACAUCUCGGAUCUGUGCGGACGUCUGGAGGCCCGACCAUGUCUGCGAGAGAGAAGGGGAUCCUGACCAAAGACAGCGUCAGCCUGCUGCCCUGUUUCUACUUCGUAGAGCUGCCCAUCCUGGUGUCGUCCGUGGUCAGUCUGUACUUCCUGGAGUGGACGGACGUCUUCAAGCCGGUGAAGUCCGGCUUCACCUGCCACGACCGCAGUCUGAGCCUGCCCUACAUCGACCCCAACCACGAGGUCAUCCCCCUGCUGAUGCUGCUCAGCCUGGCCUUCGCCGGACCCGCCAUCACGAUCAUGAUUGGAGAGGCCAUCUUGUUCUGCUGUCUGUCUCGGAGGAAGAGUGGCGCAUGCGCAGAGGCGAACAUCAACGCCGCCGGCUGCAACUUCAACUCCUUCAUACGCAGAGCCGUGCGCUUCGUUGGCGUCCACGCGUUCGGUCUCUGUGCCACCGCCCUCAUCACCGACAUCCUGCAGCUGAUGACAGGAUACCCGACGCCCUACUUCCUCACCGUGUGCAAACCCAACUACACCACGCUCAACAUCAGCUGCGAGCAGAACCCCUACGUCAUGGAGGACAUCUGCUCGGGCUCCGACCCCGCGGCCAUCAACCAGGGCAGAAAAUCCUUCCCAUCGCAGCACGCCACCCUCGCAUCCUUCGCCGCUGUCUACGUUUCGAUGUACUUCAACAGCACUCUGACCGACUCGUCCAAGCUGCUCAAGCCCCUGCUGGUCUUCUCCUUCGUCAUCUGCGCCAUCAUCUGCGGUCUGACCAGGAUCAUCCAGUACAAGAACCACGCCAUCGACGUCUACCUGGGCUUCCUGCUGGGAGGAGCUAUCGCCGUGUACCUGGGUUUGUACGCAGUGGGAAACUUCCAGCCUAGUGAGGAGUCCAGCUGCAGCCCCCCUCCUCUGCUGCACCGCCCCCCCUGCUCUCUGCCCCACAUCAGCCAGGAGGCCGUCCUUCACCACCUGCAGAUGAAAGCCAGCAUGGCCGGGGAGCCGGGCAUCCCCACCUCCCACUCUGAGGGCCUCCUCCACCGGGGGCUCCAGCAGCAGAGGCCUGAUGACGGCAUGAAGCACGCCGGCGCAGACGUGGAGAUGAUCUCCCCCCGCGGCUCCCAGAGCAAAGACGCCAUGGUGACCUUUAGCCACACCCUCCCUCGGGUGCACACCCCCCAGGCCAUGGCAGCAUAUGAGGAGGCAGCCAGACGUCACGCCGCCACGCUCCACCACGCCUCCAUGGACUCCAGCCGCUCAAAGCAGCUUCUGUCUCAGUGGAAGAGUAAGAACAACCACAAAUGCUCCCUGCAGGUCCCAGACUCCUUCUCCUCCUCCGUGGACUCCUCGUCAGGUCAGUCCUCCCAGCACCCGCACCACCACGGCAGCAUGGAGCUCCGGUCCAGCUCCGAACCCUCGGCCGUGGGUCUGAACGGCGGCUUCGACGGUCACGCAUACAUGUCCAAACUGGCCACAGGCGCUAGCACCACCCUGCCCAGUAACUGCAGUGGCAUCACAGGAGGGGCCAGGAUUUCCAUGCAGUCUAGACCCGGGUCUUCACAGCUGGUGCACAUACCAGAGGAAGCUCACGAGAACUACAGCGUCGCCUCCCCGAGGACGGUGGGAGGAGGAGGAGGGAACGAGGGGAUGUCGACAGUGAACAGCACAGUUCAGGCGAACUGGCACAGAGCAGCAGAGAAGACGGCGGCAUGCAGGACUAACGACGCGGGGCAGAACUCCCAGCCCAGAAUCAUGCAGGUCAUCGCCAUGUCCAAGCAGCAGGGCCUGCUGCAGACACACUCCAAGAGCUUAGACGAAAGCAGCAUCAGCUGCAGCGCCGCCGGGAGCUGCCAGGGCUCCGCCCGCUACCGGGUGCUAACUGAUCCAGACCCCCCCAGCAACACCGGGCCCAGCUCACUGGGCAGCACCACAGGCAGCAUCUCAGGGAGCACCGGGGCCAUCGUCCGAGUGGAGGCCCACCCCGAAAACAACAGGCCUGUGAUCCAAGCUCCAUCCACUGAUGGAAGCGGGUCGUGGAGGUGGCGCUCCCUGGAUCAUGGCAACGGAGGUGGUGGAGGUGUGGGGACUGGUGGAGUGGGAGGAGGACCAGGAGGAGGAGGUGGGAGUUUGAGGCAGUCCUUUGAGCUCAACGAUCUAAACAGAGACUCAGAGAGCUCAGACUCCGUACGUGAAGGCUCCAUCGACAGGAAACGCACCAAUCACAUCGUCACCGCCACCAGGCUCCACCCCCAGGGCCUCUCGACCAUAAGGGUCACUCCAGGGGAUGGAGGAGAGACCGCCUCAGAAACCCUCUCAGUCGCCUCCAGCCGCGAGUCCACGCUGCGGAGAAAAGGCAAUAAUAUCAUCCUGAUCCCAGAGCGCGCCAACAGCCCCGAUAACGCCCGGAAUAUUUUCUACAAGGGGACGUCGAUGACGCCGGUGUUCAAGGACUGACGCAGCUCACACUGCAACACAGCUGCAGAGACCCACAGUCAGUGUCACCCGCCACUGUAUGUACCAUAGCUUCAAAAAGAAAACCUUUUAUUCAGCAUGAGAUUUUUGUACAUGUUUACACUAAAGCACAACCUUUUCAGUGUUGUAGAAAUAAUCACUGUGUACUUUCGUGGUCACUCCUGAGGAAACCUAUUGUAAUGUCCAUGCUGUGCCAGUGCUUCGGGGACAGGAGAACCUUUUUUAAACCGUUCUGUACGUUUUGGAUAUAAAUCAUCACAAAAGAAGAAAACAGUGAGUAAAACACAGUGACGUUCAAACUGUAGCAAACCUCUGCAAAAUACCUGUAUGAUAGCUGUGAACCAGUGUUUACUCUCCCGCACUGUAAAUACUGUGUAUGUUUGAAAAGGGUGCUACGCCAGAAAAUACUAUUUACUAUACAGCAUACUAUAUCAUUUGAGUAGAUAAAGAAAGAUUUAUUUUACAAAGAGUGAACAACUAUGACAUUAAUAUGUGACAGAGAUAUGUUUUGUAUUUUGUCUCUUUUCUGUACAGAUACCACAUACUCAAUACUGUUUUGAACCAUAAGUGUGCUUAGCAUUCCUUCUGUAGCUAUGAAGUCAAAUAUGCUGUGACUUGCACUGAAAUAUGCGUUUACUGUACCUUGUAUACUGUAAACCCUGACCUUAUCUUUAUAUCCUCGACUUACAUUCUGGCCUCCACGUCAGUCUCAUAUCUACAGCACAGAAACAGCAGAAUAUUAUGCUUCUUUAUACCAGAGGAUUAUUAGUAAUGCAAUACUUGACCUCAAGCUUUCCAACAGGUUUCAAUGGAGCACUUUGACAUUUUGCAGAAUAUGCCGUCAAACCUGCUGCCGAGUGCUGACAUUAGCAGAGUCGCACAGUGGGGUCGUUCCUUCAGGAGUGUCCAACAACAUCUAACCAGUUCAUGCUUGAGUCCAGGUGAAUAUUUGUGCCAUAUCUAAGUUCCUUCAAGGUGUUACUGAGAUAUUGUGUCCAUGAGAAUGAGACGGACAGACAACCUGAAAACAAUAUGGCUGCCGCUCACAGACCUUGUCAGGUUGCUGGCAGCUGGAGAACUUCCAAGGCUGGAUUGCCAAGAAACUCUUAAUGUUAAAUCACACAAGCUGUUAGAAAAGAUCUGUUCUUAAAUUUACAAAUAAUUUCAAACCUGGAGGGAAAACUCAGCUGUAUCACUGGAAGAUCAUGACUCUAUAAACUGCUUCAUUAAUUCACUUUCAGAUUCUGAUUAUUUCAGUAUCUAUGGAGCCUUGUUUUGAUCUAAUCCGAAAUAAUGAGGGGUUUUAAAUGUACUCCAGCUAUGGUUCGUGCCAAUAGCAGCCAAGGCUCAUGGGUAUCGUAGUAUUCGUAGCAGUCAGUCAUACAGAACCUCUAAUUUUUCUUUGUUAAGAAACACUGACGAUAUUAAUGAGAGAAGGUUUAGAAACAGCAGUUCACAGCAGUGGAGGCCAAAACCACUUUUCCACUCGGCAUCAGUUUGAUCCCUUUGUGUUUUCUACAGAGAGACAGUCGUCAGGGAUGUGUUUAGCCUAGCUUAGCACAAAGAUCGAGGAGUUUGCACCAGAGAGUUGUUGGUCCAAAACAUAGUCUGAAAAUAAAGAUUGACGUCACCUCUGUGACGUUAGCCACGGAUUUCUGAAGCUAAGAGUGAGCUGCUCCACCGUUGCCAACUUGGCAGUGUCUGACUCCGCCCCUAACUUCCAGCUAAUCCAAAAAUGGUAAAAGAGGAGGGGCGUGUGUGGAGACUUUCAUUUAUGCCAGUUUGUGGCAACCAUACGCUCACCCACCUGUCACUCAAAGAGGCCACGCCCUCAAUCCUCCAUAACUUUAGUCCUUAAUAAAAUGUGAACAGGUGAGUUAUAUAAACAGGUGUCAUGAAGGAGGAAAUUAGCUCUAGAGACUAAAAGGCUGUAAACAUGUUUAUUUCUGCUGUAAAGUUGGACAUUUUAACAUGGGAGUCUAUGGGGACUGACUCACUGUUGGAGCCAGACUCUAGUGGUCGUUAGAGGAACUGCAGGUUUCUAUUCAUGAUACACAGGCAGAAGCUGAUGUUGAUCUUCUCUCUUAACUCAAAAUAUUUUCCAAAAUGUUGAAGUGCUCCUUUAAUCACUCUGUCUAAGAAACAUUAGAGCUAAUUAAUCUCAGUUCUUCAGAAGCUAUGUGCUCACCAUAGUAGCAAGAUUCAAACUGGUUUAGCUGUCGCCUGCAUUUCCAGGUGCUACAUGUAGCAUUCUUCAACCAGAAUAUAUUGAAUAAUAUUGCUGUCAAAUUUGAUACCUCAGUAUAAUUAUCAUCUUUGGCUUUGCUGAACAGAAUGAGCAUGUAAGAGGUGAUCUUUGCUGGGUUAACGCUCCUGCCACCACCUGCCGUUUGCACUGGAAGAACAGCACCUUCUCCCAGUUUUGUGCUGUAAAGUAUUUUCCUUUUGUGCCAUAAAGUAACCAGCAUAUUUUCUACCAAAACUAACCCAGUGUAUCAGAUGCUCUGUAGAGGCCAGUAGAGGCUGUCUGUUGAUGGUGGUAGUAGCUGUCUCACAUGAGUAAGUUUAUUAAUGUGCAGUAGGUACAGGAUGGUGACUGUUGGACGAGCUGAAGGCGCUCUUGUUUACAUUAUAGGGCAUAUCAUUCAUUUGUAGCUCAGUGGUGAAGGAAGCAUCCACUGGAUAUAGAAAUACAUUUGAUACAAACACUCCAGGAUUUGGCCUGUGAAAAUAUUUUGCCAGAGUGACUCGGUGAGAAAAUUUGCCAAAGCUAGAAUUUUUCAUAGGAGACGAAUAUAAAUCAUCAGAUGGAGUUUUCAGUAUUUGUAUAGCAAGCCUGCAUUAUAUUGUACAUGAUUUAUUAACAUUUGCAUGGUCACUUUUCUAUAGUGCAUAUCACAAGAUUUCUAUCAUAAAUGUGUUUUAUUUGGACUUUACAGAGGUGUUUAACAGUAUGUACUUUAGUUACAGUCUGUGUUUCAUAGUGAGAGUUAUAUGACAAUCUUUUGUAUCUAAGUACUGUUGUCCCUUCAGGUCAUUAAUACAGGCUGGUUUUCUUUUUUUUGUUGCGUUAAUGGAGCUGCCACUCAUUAAUUCAUUUAAAAUGUGUACAUAAUUCAACAAAAGAAAAUAUUUUACAGUAACCCAGGUAGAUUAUUUCAUUUUAUUUAAACUGCACCUCAGCCUCGUUUCUUGUACUCACUGUCAUGUUGGUACACUUGUUCUGACUGCUCUGUUUGUGAAACACAAUCCAAUGAAGGUUUAAUUUAAGCAUGAGUUAACCAGGACUAUGUCAUGUUAUUAGUCAUGUGAGUGCAGACAUGCUAACCAGCUUGGCCAAUAGUAGUUUUCUUCACUGUUGUCCUGAGGUGAAUUUUGGUACAAUACAGUGUGAAAUAUGAAGUGCUGUAAAAUAUUCAAUUGUUUUUUUAAAAUAUGUUUUUAUUUCAAUUUAUACUUAUACAAAGCACUAUAAGGCCACAAUCUUAACCAUAAACAGACUUCAGUGUAAUACCUUAACAGACAACAGAUUUCUUUCUUUCUAUAUUUUUCUUACUGUCAACAAAUCGCAUGAAGAGACCAAAACCAACGAUGCAUUAUUCUGUGUCUCUGUACUUCCCUCCUCGAUCUGUGGCUCGUAGCCUGAAGCCGAUUGGCUCCUACUGACGACACCAAUCUUUAAAAACAGAUCACAAAUAUAUUGUCUCAUUUGGAAGUUUUUGCUAGUGCUACAUAGCUAACGUUAGCAUUCGCAGCUGUUGACUCUCGAGUCUAUGAGAAACGUUGUGAGUUCAGCAUCAAACUUCAUUCCUUUACUCAUCAACAUCUGUCUCCAGAGGUGGAAACAAACACCAAUGUUAACUUUUGUUUCUAUCACGUCUUUUCUUCUACUGACGUUAGCAUGCUAACGAGCUAGCUUCGGCCCGUCACUUUCUGAUAGCGACUCACUGUAGCCCAGAGGACGUGUUAUAACCUGUUGUUACAAAUAGCCCCUUUAAAGCCUCAGUAAUCAGAUCAAACAGCUGGCUACUGUCAUUUCUUAGUAAAAGUCACUCAUACAGAAGAUGAUAUUUCAUUUGUUAGGGACUAUAUUUUGCAGUGGAAUAAUACACAUGAUGCUCUAUUGAGUAUUUUGGCAGCAGGGCAGUAUAUAUGGGAUUGAGUCAGACACACACAGGAUACAUUCAUUAUUUGGCUUUGCACGUGGGAUUUGAAGACAAAUACCAUCAGAUUUAUGUUUAUUUUUCUUUUACUGCGUCCUAACCUGCAGAUUAACAUAAAUCAGUGUGGCCUACUAUGACAGGUUUUUAGCUAAUGUUAACAAAAGCUGCUGAUCUACAGACAAACUCCAGAAAUCAGUCUGUAUAAAAUUAAAGGAGCUCCUUUUCAAUUCCAAUACAGGACUAAACGCAGCACUGAAGAUUUCCUCCAAUGCAACACAGCUGCCCCUGAAACACACAGCAGCUACUCAUUUAUCUGAGAAUACCGUUUCAUACCAGCAUCUUCACAGCUGACAUAUCAAAGAUGGCUCCCAUUGUAUGAUCGAUGUGAAACCAGCCUGUAUGACAUCACCUAAUCAUGGCCGUCAUUACAAAGUUGAACCUACAUGAUGUGAGGGUUCAAGACACAAGUUACAUUCUUUAGAUUAAAGCCUUAACAUUGUCCAUGCUCCCUUUAGGAUGACAUAUAAAAUAAGAGAACUCCCCCACGCUUUACCCAGAGUAACAUAUCUAAUAUAUAUAUUGGAUAUAAAGAAAAAAAGAUAUGACAUGAAUAUUUCUAUGGAAUUGUUUUAAAUGAUUUGUCUGAUUUAGAGUCUGUUCCAAAGGCCUGUGAAAUCAAAGAGUGUAAUGUGACACAUGGGUAGAAAUGUAGAUCCAAUGGGUAAAACUGUGAAUGGAUGCUCUCUGCAUGUGUAGCCUCUUGUGUUGUCCCUGGAUGAAUAAUAAAUGUUUUCUGAUACUGUGAUCAGCUGUAUGAAUUCUAUGCAGCAAGAAAAAAAAGACUAUAAAAUGGAUUUUCUCAUCAGUCGAGUUCAAAAAGAAAAAAAAGGCUCAAAAGUUUCUUUUUUCGUGUAACAGUCAAACAUAGCAAAGUAUUGAUUGCUUAAAGACAGUUGAAUCUAGCAAUCACACUGAGUAUUCAGAGCACGUUGAUCAGGGUAGAUGACAAAUUGUGCAUUGUCUAAAUGAUUGGAAUAAAUGUUUGCUAUUGAAACCA